AUAAGCAAAAAAGGAAAAUCAGAACACUUAUCACAAUUUAAAAAGCCGAAAAUUCCAUCUUGAUUUACGGAAUCAAAACUGUUGGAAUGUUAUCCCAACGGAAUAAAUCAAUUUGCAAAGUCAUUUCAAAUUAGCAGCAUUGAUGUUUUCAGCGUCUCCAGUCUUCAAACGUGGAGAAUACGAAACUGACAGAAUUUUAAUUUAAGUGUCAAUUCAAGAUAAUUCUGAACAUUUCCAAGAUAUGUUUCUUAUCGAGCAGGGACGAUUUCGAUUUUUAUUUUGAUGGUCUAACUAGAACCGACCGCGGGAACUGAUCAAAUUGUACAUAAAAGGUUGCCUGUGUGUGAGGAUGCAUUUAGCGUGCGGAAGUUUGGGAUUUAUAUAUUUACCGGAUUAACAUGGGACCUUGGGGAUUCACGGAAAAACAGCUGUCGGGAAAUGUCAAAAUUGUCAUCCUUCUAAUGCUUAUGCCAGGUCGCCUUGCAGAUUUGUUAAAGCCAGACAGUAUCUCAGAGGGUGCAUUCUAUAAUGUAACAUAUGUCAUUAGCCAUAACGCUGAUGACGUCACUUCCAGACCCGUCCCGGAUGAGCAACGCUUAAUGAACCACAUUCUCAGAGGUUAUGAAAAAGCUGUGCGACCUGUCCAGAACGCGUCCACGGCAGUCAUUGUCAAAAUGGGGCUAACCUUGACCCAGAUAUUUGACAUGGAUGAGAAAAACCAAGUUCUUGUGACCAAUGUCUGGCUUGACCAGGAAUGGGACGACGAAUUUCUGAAGUGGGAUCCCUUGCAGUUUUCUAAUGUCACUAAAAUUAGAAUUCCGUGUCACAAGAUAUGGCUUCCUGAUAUUGUGCUAUACAACAACGCUGCAGAGUACACGGAUGGGGUCAUGCUAGCCAAUGCAAUGGUAGAACACAAUGGUAACGUCUUUUGGCCCAUACCUACAAAGCUUCAGAGCUCCUGCAAAGUGGACGUAACCUACUUCCCUUUCGAUGACCAGAUCUGCAAGAUGAAGUUCGGGUCGUGGACCUAUGAUGGAUUCCAGGUAGACAUCACGAACAGGUCCCAGGAGGUCGACCUAUCCAAUUACGUUGUGAACGGCGAGUGGGUCCUCAUCAGUGUCAGAGUCCAAAGGAACGUGGUGUAUUACACGUGUUGCCCGGAAUCUUUUCCAGAUGUGACGUUUUUCAUUCACAUAAGACGCAGAACGCUGUACUAUAUGUAUAACGUCAUUUUCCCGUGCAUUAUGAUGUCAGCGCUGACGUUGUUGGUGUUCUGUUUACCGCCCGACUCUGGAGAGAAGAUUGCCCUUGGUAUUACUGUGUUACUAGCUUUCUCCGUUUUUAUGCUGGCUGUGGCAGAAAAUUUACCUGAAACUUCAGAAUUUGUUCCUCUUAUAAGUAUAUACCUCACCAUAGUGAUGUCCUUGACCUCUGUCUCUGUCAUUAUGACGGUGUUCGUGCUAAAUCUUCACCACAGAGGUCCGAGCAGAAAUGCAGUACCCGCAUGGAUACGAGGCAUUUUAUUGGGACCAAUACAGAGUAUUUUAUGUGUGGGGAAAAAUGAUCGAAUACCAACAGGUAGGCAGGGUUCGCGAUUCCUCAGAACUAUGUCUCUACGAGCAACACUGGAAAACAUAGCUCAGGAACUUCAAAACGAGGCACAAUUAGAAAAUGGUGUCAUGGCGGACACCAUAGUUACAGACGGACAAGGAACGACACUUCACAAUGAAACAAGAUGUGACGUCAGGUUACUACCAAACGAUAACCACCAAAGACCGCGAAGGGGAAUCCAAGUUAAAAAUUUGCAUACAAAGUCUCACGAAGAAAUUGUUAGAAACUUACAAAGUAUUUUGGACAAGCAUGAAAAGGAAGAUAGGGAUUAUGAAAUCAUUCAGGAAUGGCGCAAAGUAGCGCAAGUUGUAGACCGUAUUCUAUUUUGGAUUUUUCUCUUUGGAACUCUAAGUUCCACCCUCAUAAUUCUCGUAAUUACACCAGCCGUUAAAUAGCACAGUCAACACAUUUUUUUACCAUAUAAAGCACAGUUCAGAAGAAAAAAAUCAUUAUUUCACGAUUCUUUUAUAUGAUCUUAAAACAUUUUCAUAAUCUUAAAGUCAUGCGAUAAACAACAUACAUGUAAUUCAGUAUAACAAACAGCACAAAUGCAUGCUUCAUAUCAUUAAGUAUUAUUUAAAUGUCACAAAAGAUUAAGUCAAUAAAAUUAAAUUCAGUAUAUGUACAUUUUUGGCAUGUCGAUUUUAUGUAUUAAAAUUUGUUCGAAAGUCUC